ACCACUGCGAUCGCCUCUCUGCGUGGCACAACGAGACCCUGUUUUUGGGCGACGGCUUCUUUAAAGAGAGUGGCCUGGGGAGAGGGUCCAUUGGGGAAGGUCAGUGUACCCACCCCCCUACCGUGCCUCCCCUCCCCAAAAGAGUGGGGUGUAAUCAUGUUUUAAGAUGGGGGAAGGUUGGAAACGCAGACAGCAAAAUGAUAGAGCUUUUGUGGGAAGAACAGAGGAGGUGAAAUAUUUUUGCAUGAAACCUUGGCAGGAAACGUUGAAUGCGAUAAAACGAAGACCGAUCCGAAUCCACAAGACCUUAAAGCACUGCCCACAAACAGCACAUUUUCUCGCUCUAAUAAAGCGGACAUAUACUGCAGGUGUUGACUGUAUUAGCAUUUUACUAAAUUAAAGGUUAUUCAACAACCAUCCUUCCAAAGCAAAAACUACAAGAAAGAAAAAGACGGAAAAAGUGAUUUAUUUUGCUGUGGUGCUGUUUUUCAAUUCAAUUCAACAUUGGCGCUUUUCACACUCUGAAGUAUGAGUCUGGUCCAGCGACCGUCACUUUGUCCGGUUUCCGAAGUGGAUAAGGACUCAGUGCCGGCUGCUAUUGCUACUUACCUUGUGUCACUCCUGUGUUUCUCCAGUGUCUCCUUGUAUUCCCAAUCAUCAGUUUGUCAGAAGGAUAUCUCCCCGGUCUCUAGCUCCUGGAACGGUGGGAUGGAAGAAACAUGUUGUCUGCUCUAGACAAAUACUGUGGCUCCGUGUUUUGGAAUGCGUCGUACCUGCAGCGUCCAGACCCUGAUUUACCAGUGUGUUUUGAAAGGACAGUGCUGGUGUGGCUUCCAUUAGGUUUUCUGUGGCUUUGUGCCCUGUGGCACUUGGCCUCUCUCUGUAAGAAAACUUCCAGAGUUCCAGUCUCAAAACUUUACAUCUGCAAGCAGAUUAUUGCUGGCCUGCUGCUUCUGGCAGCAAUAGCGGAGCUAGCUGUCACGCUCGGUCAAGAUUAUGGGCCAUCAAGUGAUUCCACAACUCCAAAAAAUCCAGUAGUGUUUUACACAAACCCUGUUCUCUUUGCUGUGUCAUGGAUAAUCUUGAUGUUGUGUCAAGAGUCUUUGCGGCACAAAGUGACUUCCGUCGACUCUGGAAGCCUCUUCAUUUUCUGGCUGCUUGUAGUGGUGUGUGAGAUCUUUCCAUUCCAGACGUUACUAAGAGAUGCCCUCAGUAAGGAAGAAAUAGUUGAUCUUCCACGCUUCUGCCUGUUCUACAUCAAUUUUGGACUGAAGUUGAUCGCUUUGGUUUUAUCAGCUAUUGCUGACAUUUCACCUGAAGUUCAAAACAUGUCCAAAAAGAAUCCUGAAGUUAGAGCAACCUUUCUCAGCAGAAUCACAUAUAACUGGUUUAACGGCAUGGUUUUUAAAGGUUAUAGGAGGCCUCUGGUCCAGGAGGACAUGUGGGAUUUGAAUAAAAGUGAUUCCACUCAUGACAUUUGUCAGCAGUUUGAGAAGGUAAUGAUCAAAGAGCUGAAGAAAGCUCAAAUUGUUCUGCAGAAGAAAAAACAGAAGCAAACCACCAGUGACCUUCAUCAAGGCUUGGCCAAAGGAAUCAGUCAGGAUGUUUUAGUCAUGGAAAAGACAGGGGGAAGCAAAGAAAACAAAAAGAAAAAGAAGGAUUCAGAAGCAGACCAUCCACAUUCCUGGCUUAUUCCCACCAUUUGUAAAACAUUUAAAGGUGUUCUCAUCGAGUCUGCUGUUCUCAAGCUGCUGCAAGAUAUUCUAGCAUUUGCAAGCCCACAACUUCUUAAGUUAAUGAUAUCAUUUACUCAGGACAAAUCGAUUCAAACCUGGACAGGCUAUUUGUACGCAGUUCUGCUUUUGUUGGUGGCAUUUCUUCAAUCUGUAUUCCUACAACAGUAUUUUCAGCGAUGUUUUGUCCUCGGUAUGAAAGUACGCACAGCAAUUAUGGUUGCUGUGUAUAAGAAGGCAUUAGUUGUAUCCAACGACUCUAGAAAAGAGUCUACAGCUGGAGAGAUUGUCAACUUGAUGUCAGCGGAUGCCCAAAGGUUUAACGACGUCACCAACUUUAUCCAUUUGCUUUGGUCAUGUCCGCUGCAGAUCACUUUGGCCAUAACUUUCCUUUGGUUUGAGCUGGGCCCAUCUGUCUUAGCCGGGCUGUUGGUCAUGGUGCUGAUGGUGCCCAUCAAUGGCUGGUUGGCAACCAAGUCGAAAGGCUUGCAGAUGAAGAACAUGAAAUUUAAAGACAAUCGUAUGAAAAUCGUGAACGAUAUACUGAAUGGCAUAAAGAUCCUGAAGUUUUAUGCAUGGGAGGCAUCUUUUGAGGAUCAGGUCCAGGCAAUAAGAGAAAAUGAGCUGAAGGUUAUGAGGAAGUUUGCCUACCUCUCUUCUGUCUCCACCUUCUUAUUUUCAUGCGCUCCAGCUAUUGUCUCUCUGGCGACCUUUGCUGUAUUUGUGUCUGUGAGUUCUGACAACAUCUUGGAUGCAGAGAAAGCUUUUACCUCUAUAUCACUUUUUAAUAUCCUGCGCUUUCCGCUGGUCAUGCUUCCACAGCUGAUUUCUAUCAUGGUCCAGACUACUGUAUCUAAAAAAAGGCUAGAGAAAUUUCUUGGUGGUGAUGAUCUGGACUCAAUGGCUGUUUCACAUGACAACACAAACAGUGCUGCAGUGAGUAUUUCUGAAGGCACGUUUGCCUGGGAGAGAGGAACAGAUCCAGUUCUGAAGAAUGUAUCUCUGGACAUUAAUGAAGGACAUCUGGUGGCGGUGGUCGGGGCUGUGGGGUCGGGCAAGACGUCGCUGAUAUCAGCUCUGCUGGGAGAGAUGAACAAAGUCAAGGGUCACAUUAAUCUCAAAGGAUCUGUAGCGUAUGUGCCACAGCAGGCGUGGAUACAGAAUGCGACUCUAAAAGACAACAUUCUGUUUGGAUCGGAGCUGGAUGACAAACAGUACCAGUCCGUGGUGGAUGCAUGCGCCCUGCGACCAGACCUGGAUCUCCUGCCAGGUGGAGAUCAGACUGAGAUUGGAGAAAAGGGUAUCAAUCUGAGCGGGGGACAGAAACAGAGAGUGAGUCUGGCCAGGGCGGCUUAUAGCUGCGCAGAUGUCUACCUGCUUGAUGACCCGCUGUCUGCUGUAGACUCACAUGUGGGAAAACAUUUGUUUGAGAGGGUGAUUGGACCAAGAGGACUGCUCAAAAAUAAGACCCGUAUCUUGGUUACACAUGGAAUUAGCUUCUUGCCGUAUGUGGAUGCAAUCGUUGUGUUGGUGGAUGGGGUUGUUUCUGAAGUAGGGUCCUACAACAGCCUUCGAGCCAGCAAAGGGGCCUUUUCUGAAUUCCUGGACACGUAUGCAAGAGAGGAAAGCAUCAAAGCUGAUGGCUCUAAAGCUCAGGACUCCUCGGGCUAUGAUGAGUUUGACACAGUUCCCGAGAGUUUGGAGCCACAGGCCGAUGGCUCUCCUGAGGACAUCAUAUCAAGCACGCUGAAAAGAGAAAACAGCUUACGCCACAGCCAGCGUCACGCUCAACAGAAUGGAAGACUAAGGAAAAACAGCUCGCUCACAGGCGGAAAAGACUCCAGCGAUAAGAAGGGACGACGACUGAUUGAGAAAGAGGCUAUGGAGACAGGAAAAGUGAAGUUCUCAGUCUUUCUUCAGUAUCUGAGGGCUAUGGGCUGGGGUUAUACCAUCUGGAGCUUUCUGAUCUACUUCGUUCAGAACGUGGCCUUUAUCGGUCAAAACCUGUGGCUCAGUGACUGGACCAAUGAUGCUGUGGAAUAUCUGAACACAAGCUACCCGUCUCACGUUAGAGACACUAGAAUAGGUGUCUUUGGAGCGCUGGGAAUAGCACAAGGUUUCCUGGUGUUUUUAGGUACUAUACUCCUAGCUAAUGGAGCCAUUGAUGCAUCCAGGAUUCUACACACACGACUGCUGUCAAACAUUCUGAGAGUGCCCAUGGUUUUCUAUGAUACCACACCUUCGGGACGCAUAGUCAACCGUUUUGCUAAGGAUAUAUUUACUGUGGAUGAGAUGAUCCCCAUGUCCUUCAGAUCCUGGAUUCUGUGUCUUCUUGGAGUUCUAGGAACUUUGUUUGUGAUCUGUCUGGCUACUCCAUUUUUUACUGCAGUUGUGGUUCCAAUGGCUGUUAUCUACUACUUUGUGCAGAGGUUUUAUGUUGCCACAUCCAGACAGCUGAGGCGACUGGACUCUGUUUCUCGAUCACCCAUAUACUCACACUUUGGAGAAACAGUAUCAGGCCUCUCUGUCAUCAGGGCAUACGGACACCAGCUGCGUUUUCUCCAGCAAAAUGAGCGCACCAUUGAUGAGAAUCUUAAAAGUGUUUAUCCUUGGAUUGUUUCCAAUAGGUGGUUGGCCAUGCGCUUGGAAUCUCUGGGGAAUCUGGUGGUAUUUUUCGCUGCGUUAUUUGCCGUUAUCUCCCGUGACUCUCUGGAGAGCGGACUAGUUGGACUGUCCAUCUCAUAUGCCUUAAAUGUGACCCAGACCUUAAACUGGUUAGUGAGAAUGACAUCAGAACUGGAAACCAAUAUUGUUGCUGUGGAGAGAGUGAGCGAGUACACAGAGAUAAAAAAUGAGGCUCAGUGGAUCACCGAGAAUCGUCCUCCAGAUGGCUGGCCAACGGCUGGGAAUAUUUCCUUUGAAAACUACAAGGUUCGAUACCGGCCUGAACUGGAUCUUAUUCUUCAUGGAAUAACAUGCAACAUUGAAAGCACUGAGAAGAUCGGCAUUGUUGGACGAACUGGCGCUGGCAAAUCUAGUCUGACCAACUGUUUAUUUCGUAUUAUUGAGGCUGCAGAAGGCCAAAUCUUCAUUGAUGGUAUUGACAUUUCUACCUUGGGACUCCAUGAUCUCAGAAGCAGAAUUACCAUCAUUCCCCAGGACCCAGUGCUUUUCUGCGGAACUCUGCGCAUGAAUCUGGACCCUUUUGAGAAGUUUAGUGAUGAGGAUAUUUGGAGGGUUUUGGAGUUGGCUCAUCUGAAAAAUUUUGUUGGUAGUUUACCAUCAAAACUUCAACAUGAGGUUUCAGAGGGAGGAGAAAAUUUAAGUCUUGGUCAGAGACAACUGCUUUGUUUAGCCCGGGCCCUGCUCCGAAAAUCUCGCAUACUCAUCCUGGAUGAAGCCACGGCAGCUGUGGAUCUGGAGACGGAUGAUCUCAUCCAGAGCACCAUCCGCAGAGAGUUUUCCCACUGUACUGUGCUAACUAUUGCACACCGUCUGAACACCAUUCUGGAUAGCUCACGGGUGAUGGUCCUGGAUUCUGGGAAAAUUGUGGAGUUUGAUUCACCCAGUGCAUUGUUUAACAAACAUGGACAUUUUUAUUCAAUGGCUAAAGAUGCUGGAAUCUCAACUAUAGAGCACACGUCGCUGUGAGCAUAGCUGUAGUUCUCUGUUAUGUCUUUUAAAGCUAUUUACUAAUAACAUAUUAAACAAUUAGUAUUAAUUAUACAAGACGGCAUGUUUUAUAGAAUGACAUAUAUAGUAUAUAAUAAUUUUUUCAGUGCUAAUGUGUUUGUUUGACAUGGAUUUAUGUUGUGAAAAUAAAGCACACGUUUUGCAUUUCUUGUUUUAUCUAUAUUUUAUAUAAAGCAUUAAGUGUCAGGGCGUUGAGUGUAUUUUUGUGUUGUUUUGGGCACGUGGCGGAUGAUGACAGAAUUUUCAUUUUUGGGUGAACUAUCCCUUUAAAGCUACAUGUCCCCUCCUUAUUUGAUGAACCCCUGACACACUAAUCACUUUGUUUACAACAUUUCAGAAGAGGGAAACACACAAUCAAUACACAACAUAACCCCCAAAGAAAAACCAACACCAAAAUAAAAAUGCACAAACUAACACAAAAUCAUUCCAGGCAUGACAUCCCCCACAAUAGUCUCAGCCUCAGACGUCAUGCCCACGGACCGUUGGCGUAACGUCUGAUGAACAAGGCACACUUUUCUGGAAGCACGUUCAAAGUCGUCAUCUGAUUGGUUGAAUUUUACAGGAUUUCCAGGAGAGGUGCAUGUUGCGUUCUUUAACUGUCCACCUGGAAACAGCACGAAGCUAUCUUAUCUAAGUAAGCUCUUGUGUUUACAACGGCUGCUAUAAGAAUUCAUCACAAUCAACUAAACGUUUAAUUCUUUAAAGUAUGCAAGGCUCACGAUAUAAACUUAUAAUCAUUUUGUUGCUGUUAACUUUUGACACGUUCGUGAAUGUACACCGAUCGGUUACUGCGGGGACAUUUCACACCUCUAAACAUGACGCGGCACAAAACGAAACGUGAUUGGUUGCUUUACCUGUCAGUCAUAUGGCCUCUUGGGCGGGCCUUGGCCAAAGAAAACAGCGAUAUGCUACGUGAGACUAUCCCUGCUAUGACUUAAUCAUUACCUAUAACUCAAAGGCUGUUGGCCAAAGUUUAACUUUGUGGAGCAUCUCACCAGACUACCUUCAUUAUUUACAAUACCAGGCUCUAACACCACCCAUAUGCUAAAGGGUGGGGGCUCUGCAACUACCUGUGUGUCAGCAGCUUUUACGGGUAGUGGGGUUUUUUUCUCAUCUCCACGGUUUGGGAAGCUCUAGCCAGGCUCCCAUGGACCGAGUCAGGGGGACUAGGGGUUUGAUCUGCUUCAUCACCCCCCCGGGGGUGGUUCGAUGGCUGGCAGUGCGGAUCCCUCGCCGUGGGGAGGCCCCCGGGGAGGAGAUCAGCUCUGCUGACUUACCGGCCGGCGAUAAUGCAGCUCAGCACACUGUCGAACUGAGAGUGCUGAGGGCUGCUGGAGAGUAUGCCCUAUAUAGAGUCUCGUCGUGACGCAAUGUCGAGUUGCCGAACACCGUCCUCUGGAGGGUGAGAGCGGCUGAGGAGAGAGGGAGGGAGAGAGAGGAAACUAAGAAUAUGGAUGCAAGGCCCCCGAAGGGGCCCAGCACGUGCUGGGGCGGGGCAGAAACCGUCCCAGACCGACCGACCGACCAGCAAUGGAAUGGCUGGGGUGGGCCCGAUGUGGUCUCGAUCUCCCUGGGCUUGACCUGUCAGGGCCGCUCUGCGGCGGCUGGUGACAGGACGGUGGUCACCCUCCUCUACGUUUUCUCCCAGGGGGCCGCCUGGGUAGGGGGCGCCGGAGCCGGGUUCGGCGUCGAAGAGGGCCGGGGCUGCUGGGGAGCAGACGCCACACGGGACCUCGACAGCCGAAGGGCGGCCGGGUCGCGGCGGGCAAUCCGCAGGGGAGGUAGGUCUGAUUCUUCACUGCCGAGAACUCUCUACAGUAUCAUCAAACAGUCCCCCUUGCGAGUCCAGAGGUGUCUCUCCUAGGCCACUAGUGUGUACAUCGUCCGUCCCAGGGCCCACGCUGUCACCUUGGUCGCCCGUAGAGUGAGGUCGGUGGCGGCGCGGAGUUCCUGCACAAGCCCUCGGGUCCCCAGCGACGAAACGUUUAGAGCCCUGACAGCCAAGGCCGAGGACUUAUAAGCAGCCUGAUGAACGGAGGCAGAAAAACGGUCCAUUUUGCCAGGAAAGACCGGCUUCGGGGGGGUCAAGCAGCCCGCCCUGGAUGGGGUUAAGAUGCCUGGCAAUCGACAGCUCGACAAAGGGGGGAUCACCCAAGCCGAGAGCCGCCAUGUUGUUUUUUGGAAGAGUUGUUUUCUUGGGCCGGGAGGGAGUCCCAGCACUUUCCCAUCGUACACAUCCCUCUCCUAGUCGGUGGCGCUUUGCGGAGCCUGCCACUCAAUGUUAAGGCGAGCGGCCGCUCGUUUGCACACAUCCAGGACGAUUCGAUUCAAUUUUAUUUAUAUAGUGCUUUUCACAAUGUGCAUUGUUCCAAAGCAGCUUUACAGGAGCAAAUAAGAAAAACAGAAAAACACAGAAACGUAAAACACAGCACAGUGUAUGGUGUUUAUAGACCAAGCAAGAUCAUUCUAAUAAAUAAUAUCUAAUAAAUAAAUGAAUAAAUAAAUGCAGUCUCCCGGUGAGCAAGCCAUCACUGCCCUGCUGUGGUGAGGAACCCAAACUCCAAUGAUGAAUAAAUGGAGAAAAAAAACCUCGGGAGAAACCAGGCUCAGCCAGGAGGGCCAGAUCUCCUCUGACGUGUCAUAGCUGCACUCAGUGACCCCGACCAAAAGCCAUCGAGCAAACAUUCACGAAGAACAGGGAGAGCCCAUCAGCCGCGACCCAGGAAGCCUCACCUGCUGAAACCGUGCAGGUCCAACCCGGUCCCAUUCCACGAUCGACACCAGACAACAGAGGAACAACCAGAAAUCAUUGCUACCAAGGUGCGGCGGAAUAUCCAGGUCAGGUGAAGUCUGUUUAUUUGUUAAUUUAGCAACUGUACUAAAUAAAAACCUUGGAUUGUUUUUGUUAGUUUCUAUGAGGUUACGGAGGUGAUCAGCCUUUGCUGCUUUUAGUGCCUUUUUAUAACAGUUAGCACUCUCUUUCCAUGCAAUUUUAAAGACCUCUAAUUGGGUUUGUUUACAUUUGGAUGGACUGUGGUACGGCCGCGGGGGGUUAACCUGGGGAACACCAGAGAGCGGGAUGGCCUCCUCGUCCUCUGAGACCCCAAGAAGGCCCGCGUCUUCUUCAUCGCCAGAACCGGCUGGUUCAUUGGCGAAUGGGAGGUUGCCCGUGAAUAUAUCCUCUUCGGGGAACGCAAGAUUAGGCAGGUGUAGGGUAUGGUCGGAUCAAAGUUUACCAUCUGUGAUCGUAAAACACAGUAACCUCUCAGCAGGACUAUGACCAGGCACCAACAAGUCUGGCCAA